AUGAAGGAGGCGCGUCCAGAUGCACAUGGCCCACUGGGGAUCGAAGCAAAUGUAGUCGAUAAUUACGUUCGAUCAUUGGCUGGUUACUGUGUGAUGUGCUACGUUCUGGGCGUUGGUGAUCGACAUUUGGACAAUUUAUUGUUAUGUGAAAACGGCCGGAUUUUCCACGUUGACUUUGGAUUUAUACUUGGACGAGAUCCAAAGCCAUUACCACCACCAAUGAAGCUCACCAAUGAGAUGCUGCAAGCUAUGGGUGGCAUCAAGAGGUAA